GAAUCCCUUAGUUUUUUUUCUCGACGAAGACUCUCCGAAGAAAAAUCCAAUCUUAGAGAGAGAGAAGUGACGGUGAAAACUAGAGAGAAAUAGAGAGGUUUUUUAGAGAGAGAAAGCUUGAAACCGGCAUUAAUGGCGGAGGGGAGUAGAGGAGAGAGAAAGGAGAGUAAUCAGGAGGAAGAAGACAGCGUCAAACUCUUUGUUGGUCAAGUGCCAAAGCUUAUGACCGAAGCUCAACUUCUCGCAAUGUUCCAAGAGUUUGCACUUGUGGACGAAGUCAACAUCAUCAGAGACAAGACCACUCGUGCCUCUAGAGGUUGCUGUUUUGUGAUUUGUCCUUCGAGGCAAGAGGCAGAUAAGGCGGUCAAUGCUUGCCAUAACAAGAAAACUUUGCCUGGGGCUUCUAGUCCGUUGCAAGUAAAAUAUGCAGAUGGCGAGCUGGAAAGACUAGAACACAAACUCUUUAUUGGAAUGCUUCCGAAAAAUGUGUCCGAAGAUGAAGUUUCCAGUCUUUUCUCUCAAUACGGAACUAUAAAAGACUUGCAAAUAUUAAGAGGUUCACAGCAGACAAGUAAAGGUUGUGCAUUCUUGAAGUAUGAGACGAAGGAUCAAGCUGUUGCAGCACUUGAGGCAAUUAAUGGAAAGUGUAAAAUGGAGGGAUCCAGUGUCCCUUUGGUUGUUAAAUGGGCCGACACAGAGAAGGAAAGACAAGCUCGGAAAGCUCAGAAAGCUCAGUCACAGGCCUCUAAUGUGCUUAAUGCAGACUCCCAACAUCCUUCACUGUUUGGGGCCAUGCCGCUGGGUUAUGUUCCACCAUAUAAUGGCUAUGGUUAUCAGGCUCCUGGAAGUUAUGGGCUUAUGCAAUAUCACCUGCCUCCAAUGCAGAAUCAAUCUGGUUACCCCAAUAUGAUACCGCAAUUAAACCAAGGAAAUGCAAUGCGUGGGAUCCCACCUGAUCUUGGCCCGGGUAUGGCCACUAGAAAUUAUGGCAUGCCUCCUGCAAAUUACGUCAGCUCUGCCUAUCCUGGAGUUCCAGGUCUUCAGCAUCCCAUGGCGUACGCUGGUGGAAUGAUGAGUCCUGGGGUUGUGAGCAGUUCACCUGGUCCAGGGCCAUUUACUGGUGGGAAGAAUAACUCUCCAACCUCUAGUUUGGGUAAAGGCUCUGGAGGUCAGAUUGAAGGUCCACCUGGUGCUAAUCUUUUUAUUUAUCACAUACCCCAAGAAUUUGGUGAUCCGGAGCUUGCUAAUUCUUUUCGAGCAUUUGGCCGAGUUUUGAGCGCUAAAGUAUUUGUUGACAAAACAUCUGGAGUUAGCAAAUGUUUUGGGUUUGUUAGUUAUGAUUCUGCCGAGGCUGCUCAAUCUGCUAUUAGUAUGAUGAAUGGAUGCCAAUUAGGUGGAAAGAAAUUAAAAGUCCAGCUGAAGAGAGACAACAAACAGAGUAAACCAUAUUGAUUCGGCGUAACGUUAUUGAAGGCAGCAAAGUUGCUACCCUUGCUGACAUUGGGGGGCCCUAAAUGCAUGACAAUCGUUCCAUUAUCAGAUCUUAGGGUGGAUUUGGGGAUGUUCUAUGGUUAAAAAUUCAUUACUCCAUCCUGCCUAUGAUUGCAUCAUCAGAUCAAAUCAAAGAUACUUGUAAUUCAUGGUUCAGCCAUGCCGAUGUAAUUUGUAAUUUAUGUAACUUGGAAGAUUAACAUUCUUUAAUUGAUUCUUCCGGGACUUCUGUUGAUUGUAAAAUACCAUGUAAUUAUAAAUGAUCUCUUGAUUCUUUUAGGUUUAUUGAUUUAAUAUUGCCUAA